UUGACAAUGAUAGCUGUCAAUUUUACCAGUCUAUAAUUGUGAAAAAUAAAGCAGUAAAUUUGUUUUCUUGUGAAAAUUAUAUAUGAAAAUGGAAGAAUUAAUCGAGGACACUAACCCAAUAUACGACGUAAACUUAAUAUCUAACAAUAGCGACACUUAUGACGCAACAGAAGUUACAGAAAAUGGACUAAAUAAUACCAACACAUGUUAUCAAAUACCCGGUCUGUUUACAAGCAAAACAUUGUUGGAACUCUCGAAUUCAUCAUGGUCGAGGUCCAGGAAUGCUAAUGAACAAAUUCAGCCGUACUUGCGAGGUUGUAAGUGGUCGCCAGACGGUACCUGCUGCCUCUGUGUGGUAAAUAACGAUGGGGUGCAUGUGACAGAGCUGCCCCGAGAUUUGUACACGGGUGAUUUAGCUUCUGGGAGGCUAAUAGACGUUUUAGAUUCGGUGAUACACGUAAAAGAGGCUGGUUUAAUUUAUGAUUUCUGUUGGUAUCCUGCCAUGAACAGUAGCAUUCCUGAAACUAGUUGUUGGCUAACUACAAUACAAAAUAGUCCAAUACAGAUGUGGGAUGCAUACAAUGGGUCACUAAGAUGUUCAUACAGAGGGUAUAAUGCAGUUGAUGAAAUGGAAGCUGCAUUGACCAUAACAUUCACCCCUGACUGCAGUAGAAUUGUAGCUGGUUAUACCAAAGUCCUUAGGACUUUUGAUGUUGAAAGACCAGGCAGGGAUUAUGUAGAACAUAAAAUCACAAGUCCAGCCGCAUGCCUUGCGACGGACAGUAAUCUACUAGCAGUGGGUUCAUGGAACUCUACAAUCAGCCUGUAUAAUGUUAGUGAAACUGGCACAUACAAAAGUAUUGGAAAAAUGCAUGGUCAUGCCGCUGGUGUAACACAUAUGAAAUUCACACCAGAUGGUUUAAAGCUGGUAUCAGGUGCGCGCAAAGAUCAUAGGUUGCUAGUGUGGGACAUAAGAUAUUAUCGCCGCCCAUUAAACAUUCUACACAGAGCUAUGGACACAAACCAAAGAGUAUACUUUGAUAUAUCACCAUGUGGUAAAUAUUUAGUGACUGGUGGUACAGACGGAGUUGUGAAAGUAUGGGAUGCAGAAAAGAAUGAUUGGAAAUCUAGUCUUAAUACAGCUGAUGAAGGUGAUGAUGCAACAUACAAGUUUCCACUACACAAGGAUUGCUGUAACAGCGUAUCAAUACAUCCAUGUCGACCGAUUUUAGCGACCGGCUCUGGCCAGUUUCACUUCACUAAUCCAAUUACCAAACUGGAAUCACCAGAAGAUUUGCAGAAGGAAGAUAUAGACGAUUUCAGAGACAUGAAAUAUUCGAGUACAGCUGAGAACUGUUUAGUUUUUUGGUGGACUGGUGAUGUGUUGUAGUGAUAAGGACAAAUAUAUUUUUUAUGAAUUGA